AUGGCGGUCCGCAGAAUUUCGUGCGUGGAGGAGCUGGAGGAAAUCAUCAGUACGUGGAAUGAUGCUUCUAGUGAGAUUGCCGGUGUAAAUAUUCUUCCGCCGGAUCAGGUGGGCGAUCUCACCGAUGAGGAAAACCUUAAUGACGAUUCAAUUCAACAGAAUGACAACAUCCCUACCCUCAAUGCUGUAGCAGGAACUUUCGAGAUCGAAACUUUUGGUAGUAUCGAUGACAUUGCUGAAUUGACGACUCCACAAGAUCAUGCACACAAAGCUGCCGCUCAAGAUAAACAUUUCUCAGGCAAGAUGGCUCUGCCCUCCACUUCACGUAAGAGAGGUAGUGAAACACAGACCUUGUCUCAAACAAAACAGCAAGUGUUGGAGAUUGGCUAUAAGCCAUUGAGUGCAUUUCCGGAACCCCAUUGGAAAAGUCUUACAACGGAUAAAAUUGAAUACUCUGUUUCGCCUAAUAACGAACCUCUGGCUAAUAAACAACAAGAGUUGUUCGAUACAAUCAAAGAUUUAUCACCGUUACAACUCUUUCUCAAACUGUUUGAUGAUGAAGUCAUAUCACUUAUUGUACGGGAGACAAAUCGAUAUGCUGGCCAGCAAAAUUCCACUUUUCUACUCGACAUCAUAACCUUGAAAAGAUUCAUUGGAAUACUGCUGUUAUCUGGAUACCACACCCUCCCCAAUGUUAACGAUUAUUGGUCCAAUGAACCUUCCUUGGGAGUUCCUAUUGUUAAGCAGUGCAUGUCCAGGAAUAAGUUUCGCGAGAUAAAAAAGUUCAUUCACUUUUCAGACAAUUACAACCUGAAUAAGAUGGAUAAAAUGGCUAAGCUUCGUUCGUUUUUUGAAGUAAUGAAUCAAAAAUUCAUGCAGUUUGGCGUUUUCAGUGAUAAUUUGUCCAUAGAUGAGCAGAUGGUACCAUACUUCGGUAGACAUUCCUGCAAAAUGUACAUAAAAGGAAAACCGAUAAGGUUCGGUUAUAAAGUAUGGUGUCUAUGCUCAACAGAAGGAUACCUCUAUCAAUUCAUGCCAUACUGUGGCGCAAGUGACAACUACAACAGGACAGUGGGCUUAGGGGCCGAUGUUGUGUUGCGGUUGCUUGGACGAGUUGAGCACCCUACUAGAUAUGUCAUCUACUUUGACAAUUUUUUUACAAGCUACCUGUUGAUGUUGAUCCUAACAGAACUGAAAAUCGCAGCAUCAGGUACCGUUCGAUCGAACCGUGUUGGAGGUGCAUUGCUCAAGACAGGAAAAGAGCUUCCGAAAGGUCAAUAUCAUUGUCAGCUCGACGAUUGCAACAAAAUCGUAUUCUGUCGAUGGCAGGACAACAAGGAAGUAACAAUCGCUACAAACUUUGAUCAAAUUAAACCAACUCAUUCUGUUAAACGUUGGCGCAAAGGAGUGCAGGGUAAAAGUGCCGGCGAACUUGUUACCGUGCAGCAGCCACAUGUGUUGUAUAACUAUAAUAAAAAUAUGGGUGGCGUAGAUUUGCACGACAAUGCUGCGCAGAACUAUCGGAUCAACAUUCGUUCAAAAAAAUGGUACUGGCCUCUAUGGAUAAAUGCGUUGAAUUCUGCAGUCGUAAAUUCGUGGAAAUUGCACUGUUUUGUAGCGAAACACAGAGGCGAAACUUCCUUGCAUCAGAAGGAAUUCAGAGUAUUGAUUACUCAAGCGCUGUUACUGACUGGUGAUCCAACUACGAGCGACGAGGAAAAGGAGGUUGAAGAUUUUGUCCCCAAUAACAUUCCCCGUAUUAGCGGAGGACACCUUAUUAUAAGGCAUCCCGAAUUAAAAAAUGGGUUGGUAGAAAGCUUUAUGAAAGUUGUAAAUAAAGCCAUGUCUACUGUAUUUCCAACAGAAAAAAACUACCGGAAAGAAUUGCAAGCUGCCGUUCAGUACUAUAACGCGGCAGAUCACAGUGUAACCAAAAUAUCUCCGGAAGUGUUAAAUGGUCGCAAAAUCAAGCGUUGGUUGCCACUUUUAAGUUAUGGUAAAUCGGAAUACGAUGAACGGCUACUGGAUGCAAGAGAUCGUGAGACUAAACUCCUCGAAACAACGUGA